AUGCCUAAGUUUGACUCUUGCCCUAAACUCUCUACCUUUGGAAACACCAUCCGUCCAUUCGUCUUCAUCAUGGAAAAUAGAUCCGUCACCAGCGAAGCACCAUCCUCCCCCGAGAUCCCCGGUCUCGCCGCACGCGAAGCCCCGAUCCAUCUCCAGGUCGGCGAACGCCGCUUCACCACCGCCCGCGCUACACUCACCGAAGAGAGCGGCUUCUUCGCGGCCCUCCUCUCCGGGCGUUGGGAGAACGCGCUCCAAGAUGGGUCUUACUUCAUCGACGCCGACCCAAACCUCUUUCAACACAUCUUGGCCUACCUGCGCCGCGGCGUCUUCCCGCUCUUCGACGGCGCCCAGGGCCACGACCACCACCGCUACCUCGCCCUGCUGGAAGAAGCGCGGUACUUCCAGAUCCCGCAGCUCGAAGCGUGGCUCAGCAACAAACACUACAUGAUGGCCGCGCAGGUCACGUACAAGGCAGAGGAGUACGACGAGGACGACCCCCGCUGGCGGACCGUCACGACGGCCGCGGGCAAGACGGUCGAGUACCACCCGCAGUGGGCGACGAGAAAGGUUUAUCUGUGCCCGCGGGGGAUCCCUGAACAUAGGGACAACCGGACGGGCUGUGGGCGCCGGUGCGAGUCCGCUCGCGGUGAUGACGGGGAUCAGUUUGAGGAGGAGCUGAGCCUGCACAUUCUGGUUAUUAAGCGGGAGGUGGCUUUCAACGCUGACGUCUGCGUGUCGAGGGCGGCUGAGGAGUAGAAUGGUCUUCGGCGGGGUUUAGUCACGUCUUGUAAUUAUCCCGAGCGGGCUGUCCACAUCAUCAAACACCUUGCUCUCGAUCAACAGCUGAGAGAGAGAAGAGCUGCCAGCUGAGAAUAGAAAAGUGUGCCCCCGACUAAUUACUACCUUACAUUACGGGACAAGCCGCUCCGCAGCCUCCGCUUUGCCCCUGGACCCCUGAGCAAUUAUCCCGAGGCGCGCUUAUGGACCAUGCACGGUAAUUUAGUGGAACUGACCGUCGUCCUCUCACGAGGCGUCCAACAGCCCCGUCUCCUGCAGACUUCCCCACAACGAGUCUCACUUGGUACCCGGCAAGCAGCCGAAAGCCAUGUCCGUGGGGCUAGGGUUGUUUCAACUCUCGGUAGCUUUUCUCACAGCUCCCAAACACACACGACCACACGAGCUUGGAAUGUAUCAAGUAAAGCUGCGAAUCCCACCCCGUCUCGUGUUUG